AUGUCACGAUAAGUGAAGUUGCACCAAACCACGGAUCCGUCUCCGUGACUAAAAGAGAAGAGACUCUCUCUCUCUCAUUAACUUUCUGAAGCAGCAAACAGCUCGAUUUGAUUUCUCAGAGAUUUGAUCGUUUCGUUUAUAGUACCAUUGAUCUGGAUCUGGAGCUGGUGUAUUAAUGGCGUACGUGGAUCAUGCGUUCUCGAUAUCGGACGAGGACAUGAUGAUUGGGACUGCAUACACCGUGAAUAACCGACCGCCGGUUAAGGAGAUCGCGCUCGCGGUGUCUCUUCUGGUGUUCGGAGCCUUGGGGAUCGUCUCAGGCUUCUUCAUGGCGUACAAUCUAGUUGGUGGUGAUCGAGGCCACGGGAUUUUCUUCAUGGUACUGGGGUGUCUUCUGUUCAUCCCAGGGUUUUACUAUACUCGGAUCGCCUAUUACGCUUACAAAGGAUACCAAGGUUUCUCCUUCUCCAACAUACCCCCCGUUUAGUCCUAAUGUAUGUAUAGAGAUGAUGUUUACGCAAUGGCCUCACCUGUUUUCAUUCUAGUGUACUAGUUUUAGAGGACUUGUUAAAGUGAGUCCAUGUUUAAUACAAUAUCUUUCCCUUGUUGCUUUCCUCCUUUACUCUUGCAAGUCUGUGACAAUUAGUCCGAUACAUAUUUACAUAUAUAUAAUAUACCUGGUUCAUAGA